AUGACUUUGGCGAAACAAUUUGUGGAUCAAGCGCUUAAAAAAAACCUCAUUACUGUAUUCAGCAAAUCUUAUUGUCCAUUUUGCAAAGCUGCGAAACAGACAUUGGCAAGAUAUGACGCCCCUUUCACAGCAUACGAACUGGAUCAAAUGAAAGACGGACCCUCGAUUCAGGCUUAUCUUACUGCAAAGACUAAGCAAAGUACAGUUCCUAGCAUUUUUUUUAAGUCAGACUUUGUUGGUGGGAAUUCUGACCUUAGUAAGUUGCACUCCUCCGGGCAGCUGAAAACAAUGGUGGAAGAACUGGCGGAAAAAGCUGAGUGGUGA